UUGCUUCAUUCAGAAACACUAGGUGGUCACACAGAUGUUGAUUUGUGGUUUCCGCAAUACAAAUACUCUUCGCCAUUUGGACAGUUUGUUAUUUCGGAUGUAUGCGAUCUUGAAUGCUAUGAUUUUGACUCGUUUCUAACAAAACCUUGCCGGUGGAGAAACGAGAACAACGGCUGUUCAGGAGAUGAGCUCGAUUUCAUGCGCAUGCGAGGCAGAUGGGACAAGGAUGAAGGAGGGUUUUUAUUUUCCAAGCAAGAUACUCCUGAUGGAUUCUUUUUGAUAGUUGGAACAGAGAAAAAAAUGUUAUCUGAACACUAUUCUGCCAUGCUUGUAUCAGACCCAAUCCAAUGCCAACAAGGGGAUGGUAUUGUAACGCUGAGGCAUUGGACGACUCCGAGCGUUCAUAUACGUAUUUGUAUCCGACAACCAUCUAGAGGGAAACAGUACGACUGGUGUAGCGAAAAAGUAACAAGAAAUGGUACAAAACCAGCGCAAGUAACUAUUCCUGGUAGUAUCCUGUACACGUUUGAGAUAGUUAUUGAAGCAUAUAACUUCGUAUUCGAUACUUUUGGCAAAGAAGGUGGGAUGGCAGUCUUGGAUGACAUAUCAUACAACUCUUCUGCUAUUUAUAAAUGCGCUAUGAUUCCACACGUUGAUACACCGCCUACCAUAGAUGAGAACACUUGUCGUAACAUCCGCUGUAACUUCGAAGAUGAAAACUGCGUUCAAAAGCUAAAAGGAACGGGAUGGAAAACGAGUAGCAAAGCUGAAGGAUCUUUCAGUGCAGGGAUCAGAGACAAACUAGAAGGGCAUUAUGCUUAUGUGAGGGGUCCCGGAACAUUCUCUUUUCAACUAGGACAGAUUUCAUUGAACACUCAUGUUGGGCUUGAAUUUUGUUAUUAUGUCACCAGUUAUAAGGCAGCUUUGAAAAUAUAUUUGAAGCCAGCGGAUAAGGAAAAAGAUUUGAUUUUUGACAGCACAGAAAAUGCCAUAGGACAUCAAUGGCAAUGUGAAAAGUAUAUUAUGAUGAAAGGAAAUUAUGAUUAUAUUGAAUUCAUGGCCGAGAAAAUUUCAAAUGAGCACCUGAGAAUAGGAUUAGAUCAAAUAGAUCUUGUGGAUCUCUAUAAAGGCACAUCAGCUUGUUUCAACAAAACGAAAAAGUUUGAUUUCAACUUUUUUAUAAAUUAG